CGCCUCCGCGCAGGACGCCGGCUCGGGCCCCGGGGGCAGCCCAGCGGCCAGCUCCGAGCCGGCUCCCUCCCCGAGCGCGGGCCCGCCCUCCGCGCCCGCGGCGCGCGCCCCCGGCUCCUGCGGCCGCGCGCUGGCGGCGGCGCGCGCGCUGGCCUGGAGGCCGACCUGGAGGCCCCUCUGGCGGCCGACCUGGCCCGGCAGGCGCUGCGCGGGCAAGAUGGCGGCGCCCGGCGAGCCGCGCCGCUCGUAUCGCGGGAGCCUCUUCUCUUUCCUGCCGGGCGGCGCGCGCUCCGAGGUGAUGGACGACCUGGUGACGGACGCGCGGGGCCGGGGCGCGGGGCGGCCAGCGCAGGCGGCGGCCGCGGAGCCUCAGGGCGGCGAGAGCGCCAGCCAGAAGCGACCCUGCCGGGCUUGCGUGGACUUCAAGACGUGGAUGCGCACGCAGCAGAAGCGGGACGUCAAGAUUAGGGAGGAUUGCCCUCCGGAUCGGGAGGAGCUGGGUCGCCACAGCUGGGCAGUCCUGCACACCCUGGCCGCCUACUACCCCGACCUUCCCACCCCGGAACAGCAGCAAGACAUGGCCCAGUUCGUUCACUUAUUUUCCAAAUUUUUUCCAUGUGAGGAGUGUGCUGAAGACAUAAGGAAGAGACAGGAACCAGCCAGACACCCGUACCCGAGCCAGCUUCUCGCAGUGGCUGUGCCGCCUACACAAUGAGGUGAACCACAAGCUGGGCAAGCCCGAGUUUGACUGCUCACUAGUGGACGAGCGUUGGCGUGAUGGCUGGAAGGACGGCUCCUGCGGCUAGAGGCCAGCCAGUGGGGACCGUGGCACGGCCCAGCUGCAGAGGGCAGGGUGCUCAUUAAAGUGCGUCAGAGCUGCA